AUGACGAACCCCAAAGGUUAUCGCCGCGGUACGCGGUACAUGUUCGCCCGCAGGUUCAGGACGAAAGGUGUGACCAAGCUGUCCCGUUACAUGGCCAUCUACAAGCGUGGCGAUAUUGUUGACAUCAAGGGUGAUGGUGCAAUCCAGAAAGGUAUGCCUCACAAGUUCUACCAUGGGAAGACUGGUCGUGUGUUUAACGUGACCCCACACGCUGUUGGUGUCGAAGUCAAUAAACAAGUUGGCAACCGUAUCAUCCCCAAGAAGAUCAAUGUAAGGAUCGAACAUAUCAAGCAGAGCAACUGCAGACUUGACUUCUUGAAGCGACUCAAGCGGAAUGAAGCCCUGAAGCGGGACGCCAAGGAAAAGGGUAUCAGAGUCAGCACAAAGAGAGUGCCUGCCCAGCCCAGGAAAGCCCACUUUGUGAGCACCAAGCUAGUGAAGCCGGAGUUCUUGGCACCAAUCCCCUAUGAGAUCAUUGCCUAA